AUGGCUUCUCAGUCUUUUACUCCGCCUGACUCAAAUCGCUCUCCAUAUCGUCCUGAGACUAUCGACCUCACGGGAGAUGAUUCGGAGGAUGGCGAUGGGCAGCAAACAACUGUUAAUUCGACGAAAACUAACCCAAGUGCGAAAGAGCGUGCAAUAUCAGUCAAGCAGGGAAAUCCGCGAUCAGAUAGGCCAACAAAGAGACAUGAUGAAUCGAACACUGGCGCCACAGCUCAACAAAGAAAUCCCUUGGCUGAAGCUGCGGCUGAAGCUACCGAUACCCAUGCCCCUCCAACCGCCCCUCAACAACAGUCUCAACAGAUUGGUGCAGAUACGGAGGAGAAAGCUCCGAAAACUAAGAAGAAGAAUCCCUUGAAGGGCCAGGCUUCUGCUGCAGCUAGCAUGACUUACACACCUCCAAUCCUUGCCCCUCAAACCGCCUCUCGACGACAACCUCAACAGGGUGGUGCGAAUAAGAAAGAGAGAGCUUCGAAAAACACAAAGAAGAAUCCUUUGAACGCCCCGGUUUCCGCGGCAGCUAGUACGAGUUACGUGCUUCCCGCUCCUCCCCCUCUAAUUGGCUCUCAACCACCCUCAGACGUAGGUCUCGUACGUGAGCGUAUCCAGGAGUUGGGUGAUCUCGUGCGGUGUGUGUGCACAUAUGAUACGGGUAACCGCCAAGAUAGCCAUAUCGGAAAGGCUGCUCUAGGAAACCCACGACAACUUCCUACUACCACCGUUGGACCCCAAUCACUGGUUUUGCCAACCGAUACCCCAUUCGCUCCUUCGCAACGGGCUAGAAGACCUUGCGCACGAGGAGCACAACGCUUCUCACGAAGAGUAGGAAGAGGGGCGAGGUUCGAUUUAUCAGACUUCUUCUUCGACGAAGAUUGGAGAACGAAUCCAAGAGGCUACGCUGCCUCAUUUGAGUUUAUGGUCACGCGCAAAAACAUUAGAGGCUUAAAAGCUAUCAAAGGAACACUGAUCAACACGACCGGCGACAGAAAGGGCGAUUUUAAAGUAGGGGUGAAUCCCUUGAUUGUGAACGAAUUUCUAAAGAGAAUCUACCACCCUUACAAUGGGCCAACAUUCAGUAGUCGGAGUAAAGACUAUGGAGACAUCGUUGACUGGCUCUUGCAUCUUGGGAAGGCGAGGCGGAGGCAGUAUGGGAGAUUUGCCACGAGCAAAAUCCAGUGUGCAUUUUCUGAGGGCGACAAGGAACGAGUCAGGCGCUUGAGAGAAGAUCCUUCGCUGAGCGCUGGACUGGAAUUCCCUACCUUGAAAAUGGCGGGCAUCACAAUGGGCUUGAGCCUCAUUGACGGCAAUGCCCCUGCUCAACCCGUCGAGGAAGAUGAAUUGAAUCAGAGUGAGAACUCCUACUACGAGGACGGCGAUGAUACCGGUGGAGAGGAUGGCAACUGAGUCAAUCAGCCAGAGACACGGCCAGUAGCAGUGGUGGCUGCUGAUG